UCUGCAACAGUGGGUCAGAGUCGUAGUCGCAUAAAAAACUCCGUUGCCAACAUUUUUGGAUUCUUAUUUAUAUUUGUUGGGUGGUUUGGCUCUACUCUACUCCCAUAAGCCACCGAAAGUGUUUUUAGGGUUUUUCGAGAGAUCUCUCUUUCAUUUUCAAUGGCCUCCUCUUCUCUCCUCAGAUCCGCCGCCGCUGUUCCUCGCCCUGACCUUUUCUCGUCGCCGUCGUGUGAUCACUCUAAGGUGUCUGCAAGUCUUGGAUUCAAUCGCAGCCUCACAUCAUCAAGAUUUUCUGGUGCUGCUGGAACAUCAUUGUCUCUACAAAGAUGCAAUGUAACAAGUGUGCAACCCAUCAAGGCCACGGCUACGCAAGUUCCACCUGCACUUCAAAGGUCAAGUAGCACUGGCAAGACUAAGGUUGGGAUCAACGGUUUUGGUCGGAUUGGAAGGUUGGUUCUCCGUAUUGCAACAUCCAGGGAUGAUAUUGACGUUGUGGCAGUCAAUGACCCUUUCAUUGACGCCAAGUACAUGGCUUACAUGUUGAAGUACGAUUCUACUCAUGGAAACUUCAACGGAACCAUCAAUGUCAUUGAUGAUUCUACUUUGGAGAUCAAUGGGAAGAAGGUCAAUGUUGUCAGCAAGAGAGACCCAGCUGAGAUCCCUUGGGCUGAUCUUGGAGCUGAUUAUGUUGUUGAGUCGUCAGGUGUAUUCACCACCCUGUCAAAGGCUGCAUCCCAUUUAAAGGGUGGUGCAAAGAAAGUAAUCAUCUCUGCCCCUUCAGCUGACGCGCCCAUGUUUGUUGUUGGUGUAAAUGAGAAGACAUACCAACCAAACAUGGAUAUAGUCUCCAAUGCUAGUUGUACCACCAAUUGUCUUGCUCCUCUUGCUAAGGUGGUGCAUGAGGAAUUUGGUAUUCUUGAAGGCUUGAUGACAACUGUCCACGCAACCACUGCUACUCAAAAAACUGUUGAUGGACCAUCUAUGAAGGACUGGAGAGGAGGGCGAGGAGCUAGUCAAAACAUCAUUCCUAGCUCAACCGGUGCUGCCAAGGCUGUAGGUAAAGUUCUGCCAGAACUGAACGGGAAACUUACGGGAAUGGCAUUCCGUGUACCAACACCAAAUGUUUCCGUUGUGGAUUUAACCUGUAGGCUUGAGAAAGGUGCCUCUUACGAAGAUGUUAAAGCGGCCAUUAAGUAUGCCUCGGAAGGACCUCUAAAAGGCAUUCUCGGGUACACAGAUGAAGAUGUCGUCUCCAAUGACUUCGUGGGUGAUUCAAGGUCAAGUAUCUUUGACGCCAAUGCUGGGAUUGGAUUGAGCAAGUCCUUUGUGAAACUUGUCUCUUGGUACGACAAUGAAUGGGGUUACAGCAACCGAGUGCUUGACCUUAUAGAGCACAUGGCUUUGGUAGCAGCCAGCCGCUAAGCAUGCACGCACACACACACACACCGGUUCUUGCAGAAGGACUUUCUACUUAUUUUCUCACCUUCUACAAAGGCGGUUUGGUUCUGUUAGGUGCUAGAUCUUUUAAUGUUUGGUUUGGUUCCUUCUUUUUGGUUCUGUUUCAGUAUCUGCAACUACGAGAAAGGAAAAAACAUAGAGAUUUGGUGUAAUAGACUACUGUCAUUUAUCAAUAAGCAUUAAUUCUUUGCAAACUUCA